UUCGACGUGAGCGGACGUUUUGAGCGCGUGUGCCGUGCCGGAGAUAACGAAAGUUCGCAGUGCUAUCACCAGCAAUACUAAAUACAAAUCGAAAAUCAAAAUAAACGAAUCAAAUACAAUUACUUCACAGUUAAACAACGAAAAAUUCCCCGCGAUACAAAAGAAAUUCAAAUCACAACAAGCUGAUAAGUGGCGAAACAAAAGUCAAUACCGAUCGCAUACAAUGCAGCGCCCCAAAAAGUGCUCCGAACUGUGCUGAACAAAAAUAAAUAAAAAAAAAAAAAUAGAAAAAGAAAAACAAACAAAUUAAAAUCUAUAUUUAAUUCAACAAUAAAUAUAUCCUAUGUGUGAUCGAAUCGAAAAUGGCAGUCGAACAAAUCGCUAAAAUGGCAGCUAAAGCCGGAGAAGCUACAAAUAAAUGGAUUAUGCCCCAGCAGAAAGCAUCGCUGCUGCUAACGCUGCUGCUCUUGGCCACGUUUAGUCAGCUGCCAACCGCCGAUGGCAGCAGCAGCAGUUUGGAUGUUGCCGGGUUGCAGGAGAAGGAUCCGUUGCGGGAGACUAGCAUGAACAUGAUCCAGCGCAACUACAUGGUGAUGCACUCGGCCAGCGGAUCUGGUGAUCACAGCCGCUCCCUGAAGCGCGCCAACUUGGCAAACUCGAGCAUAACCUGCAACGACGGCACCCACGCCGGCUUCUACCUGCGCAAGCAGCCCAGCUCCAAGAAGUGGAUCGUCUUCCUAGAGGGCGGGUGGCACUGCUUCGACGUGCGCUCCUGCCGCGCCAGGUGGAUGCGCCUGCGCCACCUCAUGACCUCUUCCCAGUGGCCCGAAACGAGAGAUGUUGGAGGCAUCCUAUCGCCGCAUCCCGAGGAGAAUCCCUACUGGCACAACGCCAACCACGUGCUCAUCCCGUACUGCAGCAGCGAUUCCUGGUCGGGAACGCGAACGGAGCCGGAUACCCGCGAUCCGGAGAACAGCUGGCGGUUCAUGGGAGCUCUGAUCCUGCGCCAGGUGAUCGCCGAACUUAUUCCCGUGGGAUUGGGUCGAGUGCCGGGUGGAGAACUGCUCCUCGUUGGCUCCUCAGCCGGAGGUCUGGGUGUGAUGCUCAAUCUAGAUCGCAUCAGGGAUUUCCUGGUCAACGAAAAGAAGCUGCAGGUGACUGUGAGAGGUGUGAGUGAUUCCGGCUGGUUUCUGGACAGGGAACCCUACACUCCGGCGGCCGUGGGCUCCAGUGAGGCAGUGCGUCAGGGUUGGAAACUGUGGCAGGGCUUGCUGCCCGAGGAGUGCACCAAAGCUCAUCCCACGGAACCCUGGAGGUGUUACUUUGGCUACAGGCUAUAUCCCACGCUCAAAACUCCGCUCUUCGUCUUCCAAUGGCUUUUCGAUGAGGCGCAAAUGCGAGCGGACAACGUUGGCGCCCCCGUAACUCCUCAGCAGUGGAACUACAUCCACGAGAUGGGCGGUGCCCUGAGGUCCUCCCUGGACAAUGUGAGUGCAGUGUUUGCACCCAGUUGCAUAGGACAUGCAGUCCUCUCCAAAAGGGAUUGGGUUAACAUCAAAAUCGAUGACAUAUCCCUGCCAUCUGCCCUUCGCUGCUGGGAACAUUCGACGCGGCGCAAACGCCACGACAAACUGAAACGCUCGACGGAGGCAUCGACGGCGGUAUCGCAGCUGCCACAUGCCAACAACCAAAGACACCAGCGGCAUCGUCAGCGGCAGCAGCGGCAGAAGCAGAACAACGUGGCCCAAACCAAUGGCCAGCAGAAGAAGCACAAUCACUUGAGCAAAGAGGAGAGGGAGGAGCGAAAGCGUUUGCGGCAGGAGCAGCGGCAGAGGAGAAAGCAGCGGCGAAGGCAACAACAACAACAGCACAAGAAGGCCAAUGGAUCGCAGGAUAAUAGAAACAAGAAAAACAACAGCCCCAAAUCGAAUAAUAAUGGCAAUGAUCAGCGGAAACAGCGACGUCGUCAGGGAUUAACUCCCGAACAAAGACAGGAUCAAAGGAAAAGAAGGAGGAAGGCGCAACAGCAGCAGCAACAGUUGCAGAUGCAACAGGAGCAACCGGGAGCAGCUGAUGUGAUCCUGGAGACCCACAAAACCCGCUCCUCGAACAACGCCUCCGCGGGCACAAAAUCGAAAAAGCGACCGCGAGUUCCUCGAGUCCCAGAAAAAUGCGGAUUGCGUCUCCUCGAGCGUUGCAGUUGGCCGCAGUGCAACCACUCCUGUCCCACGCUCACGAAUCCCAUGACCGGCGAGGAGAUGCGCUUCCUCGAGCUCCUCACCGCCUUCGGCUUGGACAUCGAGGCGGUGGCCGCCGCCUUGGGAGUGGAUAUGCACACGCUGAACAACAUGGAGCGCACCGAGUUGGUCAACCUGCUCACCCAGCAGGCCAACUAGGCAUCCCGAAUACCCUUUAAUCCGGGGUGGUUCCAACAUAGCAACCAAAUUCAUAGGGAGGGGUGGUUAACCAAGGGAAACGCUCAGCUUUAAGAGCUUAAAUCCAUCUUAAAUCUGUAGGAUCCCAAAAGUCUCUGGGAAUUUGCUUUCCUUUAGGAACUUGGUUAGAAUAUGUUUGUAAUUAACUUCUCAAGACCCUUAAAGCUAUAUUUUGGCCUUAGUUAUAGACACCCUACCUUUUGUUUUUAAUUUCAAAGAGAGUUCUGAAAAAGACCCUAUCCUAAAACUUCACCUAAACUUAAAAGGAAAUCGAAGUGCUGAUUGAAUUUUGAAGAAAAAAUUAGUUUUCUUGUUUUCAAAAUUAUUUUUUCAUAUAAAAAAUAUUUCUUUCAAAUUGCUAAAAAGAGUUCAUUUCUCUUUUAGAAAAAAUCAUUGUUUAAAAAAGAAAUUUCUUCAUUACGAAACAAAAACUCGAUCACAGAUUUCCCAUUUUGAGUGAAAUAUAAGCAACAAAGAUUAUAUUCUUAUCAAAACCUAACUUUUAAGAAGUAAGGAGAUUAGCAUCCCAAAAAAAUGUACAUUCUGCCCCCUACGGUUUGUAAGCUUUUCGCGGGUCUUCGGAACUCGACCCACCCUACUGUAAAUAGGUGGCCUGUAUAUAUAGUUUGUAGGCGGGGCCGCUCUGUAAAUAUCAAGUAUCGCAUAACACCAUAACGCCCCCAAGGACGCAGCUCCAAUUCCUAGAACACACCAAGAAAAAAAGACAUGCGCAUAGUACCCAGUAAUUAAGCAGAAUUUAUUUAUAGUCCUACUCGAACUGCAACUCGUAUUCGCAUUCGCAUUCACAUUCGCACGUCGCAUAUAUUCAUUCGCAUUCACAAUCAGAAAUGAAAUCUGCUUAACGAGAAACUAAACACAAAUGCAACCACAAGACUGUUUUUAUGUUUUUUUACCUAUAUAUAUAUAUAAAGAUAUUGAUAAAUAGCAUAGUUUACAUAGAUAUGCCUAAUGAUCGUAAAUGUUUAUGUAAUUUAUUUGAUAAUUUAUGGCCCGUUUAGGAUUGUACUUUCGCGUGGAAUCCCGACUGUUUCGAUUGCCCACGCAAAUGUUUUAUUUUUUUUUUUUUGUAUUUUUUAUACAUUGUUUUAUACCUACCUCAGAUCAGUAAGAAUGAAAUUGAAUAACAGCUGCCUUCACAUAUUAUAUUGCGUACCUGUGCAACGAAAAUCAAAUACUUAAUACUUAAUAACUUAAUACCAACCGCAUUCCGUAAAAAAAAAAAGAAAAUUAUUAACGCAAAAACGAAGCAAAUGCGAAAAUAGCAAACCAGAAGCGAAGUGAACAAAUCGAAUAACUAAUUGUAGGCAAUGUUUGUAAAGAACGAGACAAGAUCGCACAAAAAAUAACUAUAUUUAACUAGUAACUUAUGCUAAGUCUGUACAGAACUGGUUGAAGUUUAGUCCUAAGAAUUGUUGUACUUAAACUUAGUGAUAAUCAUAAACGUAAUGCAAUUCCCAAGCUCAUUAGCUUUUGUUAGCGUUGUUCAAAUGAACUGGUUAUCAUUUUCAAAAGAUGAGAUCGACCAAUAUUUGAAGAGGAAAAACCAAUCAAAUAAACCAGAAACAUAAUUAAAUGCA